AUGGUCAUCUGCUUCAUGUACCUGAUCAUGACGAAGCGCCUGUCGGCGCUGGUUGCAUUGAUCCUCAUCCCCAUCCUUUUCGCCUUGAUCGGCGGGCAUUACGCCGGCCUCGGCGCCAUGAUGCUCGACGGCGUCAAGACCCUUGCCCCCACCGGGGUGAUGCUGACCUUUUCGAUUCUCUAUUUCGGCAUCAUGAUUGACGCAGGACUCUUUGAUGGGCUCGUGCGCUUCAUCCUGAAAAUGGUGAAAGGCGACCCUCUCAAGGUUUCGGUUGGCACUGCGGCGCUGACAAUGCUGGUCUCGCUGGACGGAGACAGCUCGACCACUUACAUGAUUGCGUGCGCCGCGUUCCUGCCGCUUUACCAGCGCCUGGGCAUGAGUGUGCUGGGCAUGACAUGCCUGGUGAACAUCGCCAGCGGCAUCAUGAACAUUUCGCCCUGGGGCGGCCCUACAGCACGUGCGGCGGCGGCAUUGCAUGUGGACGCCAUGGCGAUUUUCCUGCCGAUGAUCCCUGCCAUGCUGAUGGGCGCUGCCUGCCUGAUCUUCACAGCCGUCGUCAUCGGACGCGGCGAGCGGGCUCGCCUUGGCAUCCUUCAUCUGGAUGACUUCCACAAGGGUUCGGUGACGCUGGGGAAUGGGUCGACUGAAGAAUGCGAUGAGAAUCGUCGCCCCAGGAUGUUCUGGCCAAAUCUGAUUCUGACGUUAGGCUUGAUCGCGUGCCUGAUCGCAGGAGCCAUGCCAAUCCAGAUCCUGUUUAUGGUGGGCUUCGCAAUUGCCAUCAUGCUCAACUAUCCGACAAUCGAAGAGCAAAAAGCGCGAAUUUCCGCCCAUGCGACCAACGUGCUGGCCGUCACCGCCGUCAUCUUUGCCGCCGGUAUUUUCACCGGAAUUCUUUCCGGCACCGGCAUGGUUGACGCCAUGGCCAAGAGCUUGCUGCAGGUGAUCCCGCCCGCGCUCGGGCCGUUCCUGGCCGUGUUCACCGCGCUGGUCAGCUUGCCGUUUACCUUCUUUAUGUCCAACGAUGCGUUCUACUUCGGCAUUCUGCCGGUGAUCGCCCAAACGGCAGCGCAGUACGGGAUAACACCGCUGGAAAUUGCACGCGCCUCGGUUGUGGGUCAGCCGGUGCAUCUGCUCAGCCCCCUGGUUCCGUCACUUUAUCUACUCGUGGCAUUGGCGAAGGUGGACCUUGGCGACCAUCAGCGCUUUGCGCUCAAGUGGGCCAUCCUGGCGAGUUUGGGCCUUCUGGCAGGCGGCCUUCUGUUUGGGGCAUUCCCGUUUUAUCAAGUCCGC